AUGUCCACAAUACCUUAUGAAAAUGGAGAAUACACGGAAAUAAAUGGUGCUGCUGACAAAAUCUUGCUGACAAAAUCUAAACUUGCACAAAAUUAUUUACUGGAGAAAUCUCAAGAAUGGAAUGUAGAAUUGAAGAGCGAGGUAUUUGCAAAAAAGAUGGAUCUAAAUGAUCCAUUACAAUAUUUAAGAGGAGAAUUUUAUUAUCCGAAAAUGGGAGGACUUCCAAAAGUUGAUAAAUCCCGUAUCAAUGUGAACGACGAUAGCAUCUAUUUGUGUGGUCACUCUUUGGGUCUUCAACCUAAACGAACAAAAAAGUAUUUGGAUUUAUGUCUUGAUGACUGGGCUAAGCUCGGUGUUUACGGUCAUUAUUACGGUUUUAUGCCAUGGGCCAAAUGUGAUUAUCCAUGUUUACCUACCAUGUGUAAACUUGUUGGCGGUCAGAUGGGAGAAGUAGGAGUUAUGAAUCAGCUUACGACUAAUUUACAUUUUGUUAUGAUUUCAUUUUAUAGACCAACUAGCGAGCGUUAUAAAAUUUUAUAUGAAUGUCAAGCAUUUCCAAGCGAUUCGUAUGCAAUUAAUUCACAAAUUGAAUUUCAUGGCUUCAAUCCAAAAGAUGCAAAAUUAAUAUUAUCACCGAGAAAAGAUGAAACAUAUAUUCGAACAAAUGAUAUUAUUGAUAUAUUAAAAAAGGAAGGAAAAUCGAUCGCAUUAGUACUGUUCAGUGGUGUGCAAUAUUAUAAUGGACAAGUGUUUGACAUGGAAACAAUUACUCGAGUUGCACAUGAACAGGGUUGUGUUGUGGGAUUCGAUAUAGCACAUGCUGCUGGUAAUAUACCAAUGAAAUUGCAUGAUUGGAAUGUUGAUUUUGCUGUGUGGUGUACAUAUAAGUAUUUAAAUUCAGGUGCCGGUUGUAUCGGAGGAUUUUUCAUCCAUUCAAAUCAUUUCCAUUCUAAACUUCCAAAAUUAGACGGAUGGUGGAGUAAUCGAGAUUCGACUCGAUUUCAAAUGUUAACUGAUAUUGAUCGUGAGGAGAAUGCAAAUGGUUAUCGAAUUAGUAAUCCAUCAAUACAUCAGUGUGCAGCAUUAGCAGCUAGUCUUUCGAUAUUUGAGGAAGUUGGUAUUGAUAAAUUACAUGAAAAAUCAAGGUUGUUAACACAAUAUUUACAAUAUUUAAUUGAAAACGAAUUAAAUAACAACCAAAAAUGUUUAUCGUUUCAAAUAUUAACGCCAAAUGAUCCUGAUCAACGUGGUGCACAAUUAUCACUAAAACCAGUUGAAAUAACAGCACAGAUUCUUUUUGAUGAACUGGAAAAACGUGGUGUUGUUGUUGACAUUCGACAUGAUAUUAUACGAGUGGCACCUAUUCCAUCAUACAAUAGUUUUUUUGAUAUUUAUCAAUUUAUAUCAGUUCUAAAAACAAUUGAUAUUUCUAUACUCUAA